GGAAUGAAGAAAUUGUUAUUCUAAGAUUAUCAUUGACAACAUCUGAUGCAAGAAUUAUAUUUAAGUUUCAAAGAAAAUAAUUACUAAGAUUACCUCACAUGUAAUGAUAAUUAACCAGAGUUGGGACCAAUCUCCAGAACACGCAGCAUUCACAAUUCAUCACCCUCAUUCUCUCUACCGUACCUUUCACCGAAAAUUAUGGGAGAGGUCCAAGCUCCGGCCGCCGCCGUCGCCUCCGCCGUGCCGUACUACCGGCACAUCUCCCGCGAUGAAGCAGAAGAAGAAGCAACCGACCUUCUUCCCGACGACGUCGAUAGCACUUGCUCCACGCCUUACGUCAGCGCCCCGUCUAGCCCAGGCCGCGGCCCGCCGCACUGCGGCGGCGGAUUCUACUACAGUGCUCCGGCCAGCCCCAUGCACUUCGUACUCUCUACCGCCAACAUGAGUUCCUCAACUUCCGUUCACUCCGAUUCGGCCGCCGGUUCCUCCUCCUUCGAGUUCGACUUCUCCGCCCGUCUGGCGGCGGACGGCGACGCCUGCGCCGGAUCCAUGAGCUCCGCCGACGAGCUGUUCUUCAACGGCCAGAUCCGGCCGAUGAAGCUCUCCACCCACCUCCAGCGCCCCCAAAUCCUCGCCCCGCUCCUAGAUCUAGACGAAUCCGAGGAGGCCGAUUUAGAUCGCGGCGAUGAACGCCGGGGACGCGGUCCGAAUUUCCGAAACAGAUCUCUCCGCCGGAGAACCAGAUCCAUGUCCCCUCUCCGAACCGCCUCGUUCCAGUGGCACGAAGAUUUCAUCGACAUUGAAGACGAACAAUCCAAAUCGAAAAACCCCGAACGAAAGGAGAUUGAAAUCGAAAUCGAAAUCAAGGAGAACAGGGACGAGUCCAACUCGAACUCGAACGAGACGACCCCGUGCGACUCGGCUUCGUCCUCGCGAUCCUCCUCCAUUGGCCGGAGCUCGAAGAGAUGGGUUCUACUGAAGGAGUUUCUGUACCGGAGCAAGAGCGAAGGGAGGAAAGACACGCACAAAUUCUGGGGAGCAUUGGCGUUUUCCUCUCCAAUAAAGGAGAAGAAAGCGGGAUCUCCCCCCACGAAAUCACCGGCGCCGCCGCCGCCGAGCAACGGGGAAACUCCGGACGUGAAGAAAUCCAAGGCGAGGAAGAAGCCGGUGAACGGAAACUCGCGGAGAGUGCCUCCGUCGCCGCACGAGAUGCAUUACACGGCGAACCGGGCGCAGGCGGAGGAGAUGAGGAGGAAGACGUAUCUGCCAUACCGGCAAGGCUUGCUGGGUUGCUUGGGGUUCAGCUCAAAGAGCUAUGGCGCCAUGAAUGGGCUUGCCAAAGCAUUGAACCCUGUUUCUUCAAGGUAAACCUGAAAACAAUUUGUCUGUAAAUCAAAUCUUAAACAUCACCAAUGUUUCCAGCAGAAUUACAAUAUUGUUAAUGUAAAGAAUUUGAUUUUUUUCUUGGGUAAUCAUAUGUUCAUUUUGAUGUUUCUUUGUUUUGGAACCUCGAUUCGUUAGCCGAUUCAACGGAAUCCGAAUUAUAUUCCCACCCCAUAAUUUAUUUCCUAGUUUCCUUAUUUCUCCAUCAAUAAUUUUCCUUUUUUAGAAAUUAUCCUAAACAGUAUUAAAAUACUUUUUGAAAAGUCUCAAAAUAAGACUUUCAUAUUUAUUUCGAAAUAAUGCUUUGCAUUGUAG